AUGGAUGAACAGGGAGGAAAGCCAGUGGACUCUAUCCCUAAACAGGAUCUCUUGAGAACUUUACAGAAUUUGGGAGAAGAUGACUUUAAAACAUUUAAGUGGUACCUGGAGCAGCCUGAGGUCCUGGAAGACCUCCCAACAAUCCCAAAGAGUCGACUGGAGAAGUCGGACCGGUGUGACACGGUGGAUCUGAUGGUCCAGACCUACAGUGAAAACACGCUGCAGGUGACCAAAAAGGUUCAGGGGAAGAUGAAUAAGCAAUGCUCACACACCAUCUCUAAACAGGAGACUGGGCUGAAACGUUUGAGGGAAGUCUCAUCCAGCUCUUGGUUACAGGUACAGGUUAUUAAAGUGCUCAGAGAGGUUCACAGUGAUACUGUUGCCAUGUGUCAGCAUAAAGUCAAAUCCAACCUGAAGGAGAAAUGUCAAAAUUUGUUUGAGAAAAUCACAAAAGCAGGAAAUUCAAAACUUCUACAAGAGUUCUUCACCCGGAUCUACAUACUAACACAAGAAACUGGAGAGGUGACCAUGGAACAUGAGACAAUCAGACAUGAAGACAUCUUUAAAGUCCCACCUGGAAGAGAUAAACCAAUCAGAACAGUGAUGACAAAGGGAGUGGCUGGCAUUGGGAAAACAGUCUUAACACAGAAGUUCACUCUGGACUGGGCUGAAGACAAAGCCAACCAGGACAUAGACUUCACAUUUCCAUUCACUUUCAGAGAGCUGAAUGUGGUGAAAGAGAAGAAGUACAGCUUGGUGGAACUUGUUCAUCACUUCUUUACUGAAACCAAAGAAGCAGGAAUCUGCAGGUUUGAAGAGUUCCAGGUUGUGUUCAUCUUUGACGGUCUGGAUGAGUGUCGACUUCCUCUGGACUUCCACAACACUGAGAUCCUGACUGAUGUUACAGAGUCCACCUCAGUGCAUGUGCUGCUGACAAACCUCAUCAGGGGGAAACUGCUUCCCUCUGCUCGCCUCUGGAUAACCACACGACCUGCAGCAGCCAAUCAGAUCCCUCCUGAGUGUGUCGGCAUGGUGACAGAGGUCAGAGGGUUCACUGACCCACAGAAGGAGGAGUACUUCAGCAGGAGAUUCAGAGAUGAGGAGCAGGCCAGCACCAUCAUCUCCCACAUCAAGACAUCACGAAGCCUCCACAUCAUGUGCCACAUCCCAGUCUUCUGCUGGAUCACUGCUACAGUUCUGGAGGAUGUGUUGAAAAGCAGAGAAGGAGGAGAGCUGCCCAAGACCCUGACUGAGAUGUACAUCCACUUCCUGGUGGUUCAGGCUAAACUGAAGAAUGUCAAGUAUGAUGGAGGAACUGAGAGAGAUCCACACUGGAGUCCAGAGAGCAGGAAGAUGAUUGAGUCUCUGGGAAAACUGGCUUUUGAGCAGCUGCAGAAAGGCAACCUGAUCUUUUAUGAAUCAGACCUGGCAGAGUGUGGCUUCAAUAUCAGAGAAGCCUCAGUGUGCUCAGGAGUGUUCACAGAGAUCUUUAAAGAGGAGAGAGGGCUGUACCAGGACAAGGUGUUCUGCUUUGUCCAUCUGAGUGUUCAGGAGUUUCUGGCUGCUCUUCAUGUCCAUCUGACAUUCACCAAGUCUGAAGUCAAUCUGCUGGAAGAAAAACAAACAACAUCCUGGUCUGCAGUGUUCAGAGGCAAAUCAACACGUCUCUACCGGAGUGCUGUGGACGAGGCCUUAAAGAGUCCAAAUGGACACCUGGACUUGUUCCUCCACUUCCUCCUGGGUCUUUCACUGCAGACCAAUCAGACUCUCCUACGAGGUCUGCUGACACAGACAGGAAGUAGCUCACAGACCAAUCAGAAAACAGUCGAGUACAUCAAGAAGAAGAUCAGGAAGAGUCUGUCUGCAGAGAGAAGCAUCAAUCUGUUCCACUGUCUGAAUGAACUGAAUGAUCGUUCUCUAGUGGAGGAGAUCCAACAGUCCCUGAGAUCAGGAAGUCUCUCCACAGUUAAAUUGUCUCCUGCUCAGUGGUCAGCUCUGAUCUUCAUCUUACUGUCAUCAGAAAAAGAUCUGGAUGUGUUUGACCUGAAGAAAUACUCUGCUUCAGAUGAGGCUCUUCUGAGGCUGCUGCCAGUGGUCAAAGCUUCUCAUAAAGCUCUGCUGAGUGGCUGUCACCUCUCAGAGAGAAGCUGUGCAGCUCUGUCCUCAGUUCUCAGCUCCCAGUCCUCUAGUCUGAGAGAUUUGGACCUGAGUAACAACAACCUGCAGGAUUCAGGAGUUAAGCAGCUUUCUGCUGGACUGGAGAGUCCACACUGUGGACUGAAGACUCUCAGUUUGUCAGGAUGUCUGAUCACAGAGGAAGGCUGUGCUUCUCUGGCCUCAGCUCUGAGCUGCAACCCCUCCCAUCUGAGAGAUCUGGACCUGAGUAACAACAACCUGCAGGAUUCAGGAGUGAAGCAGCUUUCUGCUGCACUGGAGAGUAAAAACUGUGAACUGGAAACUCUCAGUUUGUCAGGAUGUCUGAUCACAGAGGAAGGCUGUGCCUCUCUGGCCACAGCUCUGAGGUCCAACCCCUCCCAUCUGAGAGAUCUGGACCUGAGUAACAACAACCUGCAGGAUUCAGGAGUGAAGCAGCUUUCUGCUGCACUGGAGAGUAAAAACUGUGAACUGGAAACUCUCAGUCUGUCAGGAUGUCUGAUCACAGAGGAAAGCUGUGCUUCUCUGGCCUCAGCUCUGAGCUGCAACCCCUCCCAACUGAGAGAGCUGGACCUGAGCUACAAUCAUCCAGGAGACUCAGGAGAGAAGUUACUGUCUGCCGGACUGGAGGAUCCACACUGGAGACUGGACACUCUCAGGGUGGACCAUGGUGGAGAGCACAGGUUAAAACCUGGUCUGAAGAAGUAUUUCUGUGAACUCACACUGGACACCAACACAAUACACAGAAACCUCAAACUGUCUCACAACAACAGGAAGGUGACAGACGUGGAGAAGGUUCAGUCAUAUCCUUAUCAUCCAGACAGAUUUGACCGUUGGCCUCAGCUGCUGUGUAGUAAUGGUCUGACUGGUCGCUGUUACUGGGAGGUCGAGUGGAGAGGAAGAGUUAAUAUAUCAGUGAGUUACAGAGGAAUCAACAGGAAAGGAAAGAGUGAAGACUGCAGGUUUGGAAAGAACAAUCAGUCCUGGAGACUGUGGUGCUCUGAUGAAGAUGGUCGUUACUCUGUCUGGCACAGUAAGACUAAAACACCCAUCUCCUCCUCUGUCUCUAACAGAGUCGCAGUGUAUGUGGACUGUCCUGCUGGCACUCUGUCCUUCUACAGAGUCUCCUCUGACACACUGAUCCACCUCCAUACCUGCAACACCUCAUUCACUGAACCUCUGUAUGCUGGGUUUGGGGUCGGGCUUGAUUCCUCAGUGUCUGUGUUGAUCCGCGCGGAGCGGCAGCGCGAGACCGGAAACCGGAGCUACACCCGAGAGUCCGUGCACGCGCAGCAGCUGACAGCAGAUUCUUGGUUCCAGAGUUCAGAGCUGCUGUUCUGUGAUCAGAUUCCCUUAAAGAAGACUUCAGGUUAA